AUGUCCCAGCUUCUCUCGCUUGCUGGCUGGGCAUUUUUGCCGUCGAUCGCGACAUCAUGGGUCCAAACCAUCUACUACGGAAUCACGAUCAGGGCCGGUGACCCAAAGCCGAUGCCUGGCAGCCCUCGACACACAUCGCAUCGCAAUAAUAUUCACAUCCUCGUCGUUACAGCGUACUUAGCAUACACAAUCUUCGAAGCCAACUACGAAUUGCGGAGCAGUCCUUCUUUCUACGCAGAGCUAGGCAUUCCCAUAACCGCCAGCGACAGAGAGGUCAAGUCACGAUUCCGUCGUUUAGCUGCCCUUCACCACCCCGACAAGAUCAGUACCGAUGAUCAAGAUGCGGCGUCCUUCUUCAUCCACCUCAAGAUGGCAAGCGACACCCUUCAGGACGCCGCAAAGCGCUUUGCCUACGAGCGGUUCGGUCCCGAUAUGCUAGCCUGGCAAAAGUGCGUUACCAUUAAGGAUUUUGUCAACCAUGGCGCCAUGUCUAUCAUCCUGCCCUACUAUGCUGUUGCAGCAGCCACAAUCUACAUCUUUGGCCUCUUUGGAUACAUGGAUUUCGCAAAGUUCUACCGUUGGCUGAUCUUGCUGACACUCUGUCUUUUCGAAAUCACUACGAUUACGCGCCCCAAUUUCCUGCCCUUUGUGAGCCUUUUCAACUAUAUUUUGAACAUCUUUGGCUCACACCCCCCUUAUCUGCCAUUCCAGAUCGUGCAACUGGCCCGAAAACUCGCCCUUACGGUAUAUAUCGCCAUGUCCCAGAUUGGACCUAUCUUGGCAGCACAAUUUGGAGGCCCCAACGAGCAACAAAUGGUCGAUGAUGAUCAGAAAGCACUGAGACAAGGACUUGAGCGAUUGGAAGAAUCUACAAGGCAGCUCGACGCCGAUGUUGCGCGCUUGCUCGACAUGGAGUUGACCCCAUUCAAAGGAGACGCCGAGGCAGUCUCCAACCUGCAAGGCAAAAUGAGGGAGUGGCUUAUUCAAAAUACAAUCCGUGCUGAUCCCAUGGUUCGAGAUGCACUUGGUACGUCCUUUAGACGUAGACGCAUGGAUGCACCCGCCGGGGCCAAGGGUAAUAGAUAA